AUGCAUAUCAUCUCGAUCAAGUUGUACAUCAUCCGGGGUGCUAGCCGUACUGACUAUCCUUACGGUAUCGAUGAACUAUCCUUGAGCUGCCUAGUGAGCAUUGAAACCGACACGGGACUUGUUGGACGGGGCGAGGGGACAUCCCGAUUCUCGAUGGCGCGCCGGGGCCGGCAAAAGUUCGUAGUGUGGUGA